UUGAUAGCCACGUAUAAUUCUCUAUUGUUGAAACAUGGCAGCCUCCGUGCGAAGAACGCGAAUGCCCAUCGUCUGCUUAUUGUUGUUAAUUCUCGCCGUUUACAACAACGCCCAUGGUCAUCAUGAAACAGAAAGUGGACACAGUCAUGAGCAUUCCCACGCUGAAGCAGCUGGAGCAAAAUCUUAUGAGGGAAAUGUCUGGACAGAUGCAAUAGGUGCCACAGUUUUGAUCUCUGCAGCACCGUUUGUGAUCCUUUUUCUCAUCCCGCUGGACAAGGGGCGCGAGGGACAGGAGUCGCUGUUGAAAGUGCUGCUCAGCUUCGCAUCCGGUGGAUUGCUCGGUGACGCGUUUCUGCAUUUGAUCCCGCAUUCGCUUUCUCCGCACAGUCAUGGCGAUCAUGGACAUGAUCACGGGCACGAUCACGGACAUGAGCACAGUCAUGAUCAUGGCCAUAGCCAUGGUCAUGAUCAUGACCACUCUGGCCCAAUGCUUGUUGGCUUCUGGGUGUUAGUUGGAAUUCUUUUAUUUCUGCUGGUGGAGAAGUUUGUUCGCCUUGUGAAGGGUGAUGGCGCACAUUCCCACAGCCAUGGGAAACCAAACAAAGCAAAAAUUGAGGAUGAAGGACCAGCGCGAGAGGAAGAAACCAAUGGAAGUUCUUCGCAAGUACGGCACAGGAAAGCUGGGAAGCAAGAAGAGACUGAAAAAGAUAAAAAGAGCGUUGAGCCAGAAGAAGACUCUCCUAUUAAAGUUUCUGCCUACCUCAACCUCGUGGCCGAUUGCACGCACAACUUCACCGAUGGUCUGGCCAUCGGUGCUUCGUUCCUAGCUGGUCGCAACGUUGGCAUCGUGACCACCAUCACCAUUCUUCUUCAUGAAGUCCCACACGAGAUAGGAGACUUUGCCAUCCUUGUGCAGUCUGGAUGCAACAAGAGAAAGGCAAUGUACCUGCAGCUGGUGACAGCCGUUGGAGCCUUGGCAGGCUGCACCUGUGCUCUCCUGGCCGAAGGUGCAGGGGACGCCACCUCCGUCUGGGUCCUCCCGAUCACCGCUGGGGGCUUCAUCUACAUCGCUACCGUUACUGUCAUCCCAGAACUCCUCGAAGACACCACCCUGAAACAGAGCAUCAUGGAGAUCGCUGGUCUCUUGGCCGGGGUGGGACUUAUGUAUCUUAUAGCUUUGUAUGAAUAGGUAGGUAGGUUCUAAUAUCUUGCCAAUGUAAUUCUUGUCUAUUCUUUUUCUUGAAAAGUUUCUCUUAAUGUUGCAUAGCUAUUUCUAAUACAGGCACCAAUUCAGCCAGAUUAGACAUAAUAGUUUUGAGAGGCAGAGUAUGGUGCAAAAACAAUUUCGCUCCUGCAUGGGUUAUGUGUCUAAUCCGGCUGGAUCCGCAUUUGUUAUUAUGAUAAGUAAUCUCUUCUUUUAUGAGUCUCUUUGUCCUCUAUGUAAUUUUAUUCAUUUUGUGAUUAACCAAUUUAUAGCACAAAUUUGUGAUCUGAAUAAAAGUUGAUUGACUGUCGAUGUAGAUGAAGGAACAUGUUUUAAAUAUCACUUAUAUCUAAUAACUAACCCUAAGCAGACAUGAUGUUGAUUUAAUUAACCUGCAGGCCUAUAUUGCACCAGACUUGAGAUUAGCAUUGUAAUGGUUAAACCAACGUGUUUGAUUUGAUUUUCUAAGAGUUCUCUUUUUUUUCAAUUGUAGCGGUUGAAAUCUGAACAAAACCGUUUAUCAUAUUUGGGUUGUGAAAUGUGCAAACAAUGUGCAAACAAGUAUGUUGUAUGUACAUUAUCAUGUAUAUUUCACAAGUUACUUCAUGUGCAUUGUUGAGUGUUGACAUUGCUCUACACUAUAUGGUGAUGUUACAGAAGCAGGCAUUUUACAAUAUACAUGAAUUAGUGUACAUGUACACUGUAAAAUUCAAUUUUAUUUGUGGAUAAUAGGCAGCACAAUGUACGUGACUUUGCAAGAUGUUUAAUUGUAUUUUAUUUGAUUCCAAACAGAUUUGUUAUCUUAAAGGGGAAGU